AGAAACAAUAAUGAGGAGGGACAUCACAAGAUAGCGUGAGAGAGCGGUGGAGAGAUCAGAAUCAGCAUGAGUGCGGGGAAGAUUUGAAAAGUGACGUCAACACAAAGUAGCUAUAAAUGGAUGCAGCAGCUGGAGAAUUAAAACAAGCUUUGCCAUCUUUCGAAUCCAUGCAAAUACACGUGGAGGUCUGUGUAAAACAGAACAGUACUGUGAAACAAGAAGAUGUGAGACUGAGUGUGUUGCAGCUGCUAAGCAGGCACAGAGUGGUUUUCGGAGAUUAUGUCUGGGAGGAAUUUGAUGACGAAUUUCUGGCAAAGCAUGUAUACUCUGUGUGCAUCGUAGACACGGAUCUUGCAUUUAAGGAGAGACAGCCUAUUGACCUGACAAAAUCCAACCUUUCAAUUUAUAUAUUUCGCCUGAAUGAGGAAGGUCCAUCCUCUGAUAUUUUGGAGGGGGAAGAGGAGAACAUGACAGCAUCAAAUAACUGGCUCCUGCCUGCUGGUGAAUUCCAUGGUCUUUGGGAGAGCUUGGUAUAUGAUAGUGAGGUUAAAUCACAAUUACUUGACUACGUCUCAACCACCUUGCUGUUUUCUGACAGAAAUGUUGAUAGCAAUCUGAUUACUUGGAAUCGAGUGGUGCUACUUCAUGGUCCCCCAGGAACGGGUAAAACAUCUUUAUGUAAAGCACUGGCUCAAAAACUUACCAUUCGAUUUUCUCACCGGUACCGGUAUGGACAGCUGGUGGAAAUCAACAGCCACAGUCUCUUCUCUAAGUGGUUUUCUGAGAGUGGAAAACUCGUUACAAAGAUGUUUCAAACCAUUCGGGACUUAAUAAUGGACACAGAAUCCCUUGUAUUUGUUUUAAUUGAUGAGGUUGAAAGUUUGACAGCAGCCAGGAAUGCUUCAAAGGCUGGCACAGAGCCAUCUGAUGCCAUUCGAGUAGUUAAUGCUGUGUUGACACAAUUAGACCAGAUCAAAAGAUUUCCCAAUGUUAUAAUUCUGACUACAUCAAACAUCACAGAAAAAAUAGACUUGGCUUUUGUGGACCGAGCAGAUAUCAAGCAGUACAUUGGACCGCCAUCUGCCACAGCCAUUUUUAAGAUCUAUCUCUCUUGCCUGGAGGAACUGAUGAAGUGCCAGAUCAUCUACCCUAGACAACAACUGCUGACGCUGAGAGAACUGCAGAUGAUCAGCUUCUUGGAAAAUGAUGUGUCCAGGCUAAGUUUGGCACUUAAGAAUAUUGCAGCGAAAAGUGAAGGACUUAGUGGACGAGUUUUGCGAAAGCUACCUUUCCUAGCUCAUGCGCUGUACAUUCAGUCAUCAUCUGUAACAGUAGAGAAAUUUCUUGAAGCUCUAUCCAUGGUGGUGGACAGGCAGUUUGAAGAUGGGAAGAAACUAAACUCUAUCAACAGCAGGGUAUAGUGCCACCCAUCAACCAUGCUGUUAUACAAACAUAUUUGUGUGGCAUGCUGUCAAGCCAAGAUGAAUUCUUUUAUAGUUGGUAACAUUGGCCUCAGUAAACUGCAUGAUAUUUUGAUACUGGAGGUGAUAAUUGAGGUAGCUAAUACUUUGGAUAUUUUUUUUUCUUUCCAAGUUGGUAAACAUUGUUCCUGGCAAGUUACAGUAGGAUAACUCUUCAAUCUAGACAAGGUAGACCCACAUUACAGAUACCCAGCCAAUAUUCAAAACUUUCCAAAAACCAUACUGUUUUGCCUGCCAUGCUUGGCAAAAUUAAAUAGAAUUUACAGCACAGAGACAGAUCAUUCAGCCUGACUAGUCUAUGCCAGUGUUUGUUCCUCUUUCCUAUUUC